UGGCAGAAAGAAGACGUUAGGGAUUUUAUAGCCUUAAGUUUCCACAGACCUUCACAUAGCCUACAGCUUUCUCAUAGUUGUGCUCUUUUGGUCAACAUGCAUUUUCAACUGGUGAUUCUGCUUUGUGUGUUUCUACUACAUCCAACAUCAAUGGCCAUCCGAAUGGAUAAACUCGCUGACAGCAAGAUCUGUGGAGACACAGAAUGUUCAUAUGUUCUUUCAAUGGCUACAGCGUUGGAUGACUUCAUAGCUCCUGACUGCAGAUUCAUCAACAUCAAGAAGGGUCAGAUUGUAUAUGUGUAUUCUAAACUCAUACCAGCAGAGGGUACUGGAGUCUUCUGGUCUGGAAGCGUGUACAGUGAGCGCUAUGUGGACCAGAUGGGCAGAAUCGGAUAUUUCCCUGCGACUGUGGUGACAGAGAAAAAUACGUUUACAGACAACACGACUCAGAUACAAACAACUGACAUGGACUUUUACUGUGACUAAGGCUCCUGUUCCGAUUGUGUCUGUUUGCAUAUAUAUAUAUAUAUAUAUAUAUAUACAAAAUGCCAAAUGCCACCACAAUCCUACUUAAGACACAGAAAUUAUUGUGAAUAUCAAAUUUAAUAAAGUCCUCUGUUUUAUUGACAUUGUAUUCUGAAUGACACUCCCAGUUCAGUUUGAUGAGGAAACACUGAGAUGUGUGCCACUAAUGCAGAGAAUUUUGAAGCUACUGCUAACAGGUUGUUUUCAUUAGUUUAUGCCAGACUAACCUGAGGCAUUCCUUGAAAGGCAUUUUACAAGUUUAGGAAAUAGGGCUGUCACACAAGAUAUCGAUUUUUCCUUGUCCUCUUCCAGCUAAAAUCAAUGAUAACCUCUUUCAGAUAUUCUACCCCAAAAUGUCUCUUGAUAAAACUAAGCCUAGGGCAUGUCCAAGGAGAAACCCUGUUAUACACAAUCAGAUAUACAUGAUAACAGUGGGCAAAAAAUGUUUGACUCAUCGCACAUGUUUACUUCUGGUUACUUCCUGUUUAUUUCCUGGUUACUUCUGGGUUACUUCCUGUUUAUUUCCUCUACUUCCUGUUUAUUUCCUUGUUACUUCCUGGUUUUUCAUGUUUACUUCCUGUUUACUUCCGGUUUAUUUCCUGGUUCCUGGUUUAUUUCCUAAUUACUUCCUGUUUUCAUGUUUACUUCCUGGUUACUUCCUGGUUACUUCCUGAUUUCCUAUUUAUUUCCUGGUUACUUCCUUUUUAUUUCCUGUACUUCCUGGUUACUUCCUGUUUACUUCAUGGUUACUUCCUGUUUAUUUCCUGGUUACUUCCU